AUGGUGGCGUACUGCAACAAAGUCUGCAAGCUCGAAGACAAGUUCAACGGACUUGAACUCAACCACGUUGUAAGACGUUUCAACGAGGCAACUGACGAGCUGAUGAAGGCAGCAUCCGGCCGAAAGCUCGUCCCCGACAGCGUCUUCAUCCGCGACCAAUACAAGCCCUCAAUCCGCCACAAGGAACCGAGAGGGAUCGGCGAUGCGCCAUCUACCCCGGACUCGGGAGUCGACCCGGGAGAGGUCGACAAUGCGCCACCUGUCUUGGACUCGGAGGCUGAUCCCUCUGACCCUGAGGUCAUGGAGAUCGACGCGAACCCAGCAGAGGGGCCCGACCCCCCACCUGACUGGAGAAUUCCGUACCUCGACUACCUCAUCCGCGCGUCGCGCCCAACAGACAAGACAGAGGCGCGAAGGAUUGCACGCCGUGACAAAUCCUUCAUCAUCGUCGACCAGGAGCUCUACAAGCGGAGCCACACCGGCAUCCUCCAGCUCUACAUCCCGAUCGAGUAG